AAAACCAGAUGCAGAAAUCACUAUAAUGGGUUUUGUUUACUGCGAUGUCUGCUCCAACAACAGUUUUUCUAAACACAGUUACUUCAUGUCCGGUGUGGAAGUGAGAAUAGUCUGCAGAUUCAAAGCAGCUUCGUCAACAACGAGAGAGACUAUAACAUUCUCUGCAAACAGAACCACCAACGAGUUCGGACUCUACAAGGUAGCCAUAUCUUCUAUGGAUUGUGCUGAUGUGGACAGUCUCGCGAGUUCUUGUCAAGCGAGUUUGAUCGGACGAAGAAACUUCUCUGGUUCUUCUUGCAACAUUCCUGGUUAUAGAACUACAACGGAUCAGGUCUUAUUUAAGUCUCAAAGGUCUAAUUCCUGUGUUUAUGGAUUCAAUGCUUUGAAUUUCAGACCGUUCAAUAGGGAUCUUGCCUUGUGUGGCAAGAAAUAGGGUUCCUUUAUAAAACUACAAAAUUAUC